CUCCGUUUGGGCGAUGCAGGGCGGUGGGGAGCCGAAGGGGGCGGGAGGUUUGUCGCAAGGAAGCUUCUGAAAGCGGGCUUGUGACCUCUGCGCUAAGUGAGCGGAGGCGAUUACCGGAAUGAGGAAGGGCUGUUCUUCAAAAGUGAAAAUAAAUCGUUCAGCUUCAGGGUCAAUCUUUCUCGAAGCUGUCGGCCUUGGAUUUCCACUUGACAUUUUAAGGCUCUCCCACUAGGUCAGACGCAGCCUGAGAAAGUGCCAGACUGUCACUUUAGGCUAAAAAGAGAACUUUUAAAAUGAGCAACUCGGCUGACUUCUGGGAUGUCCUCGAGAGUAAGAGGCAAUCUGAAGAAGAAACGCUUUCAUAAAGGCAAUGGGGCGAACGGCUGUUAAAAGGCCCCGGUAUUUCAGUGGCCAUAAAAAGCAGCAUUAGAAGGGUACACCAAAUAGCCAUGUGAAUCCAAAUGGCAGGGAAGAUUUCCAGAACUUUACUCAUGAGGAAUCCAGAUAUCUGUUUCAAAUAUUACAAAGUAGAGAAGAAUUACAGCAGGCUAUUUGGAAGAUAAAAAUUAUGAACGGUGUGCUAUUGAAGGUUACUUGGCUCCAUGAAACAUCUGACACCCCUCGUCCUUCUUGCCUGUGGCUCCUUUAAUCCCAUAACAAAUAUGCACAUGCGUUUAUUUGAACUAGCAAGAGAUCACCUUCAUCAAACAGGAAAGUACCAUGUAACAGAAGGUAUAAUUUCACCAGUUAGUGACAACUAUUGGAAGCAAGGAUUGGUAGCAGCAAAGCAUCGGGUCGCAAUGGUUCGUCUUGCAGUUGAAACAUCCGAAUGGAUCAGGGUGGAUCCUUGGGAGAGUGAGCAAACUCAAUGGACUGAGACUCUCAUAGUACUAAGGCAUCAUUACAAAGAGCUACUUAAAACACACAAUAUCAGAAAACUGUAUAGAGAAAAUACUUGGUCCAAAGAAGAAGAAGCUGACCCAUCAAUCAGAUCAUCAGUUACAGUUGAUCCAGAACUAAAACUUCUCUGUGGAGCUGAUGUUCUGAAGACAUUUCAAACACCUAACCUCUGGAAAACAGAACAUAUUAUAGAAAUAGUGGAAAGGUUUGGAUUGGUCUGUGUUAGUCGUGCUGGCCAUGAUCCUUCCCAGUACAUCACUAACUUAGAGUUUUUAAAUAAUUGCCAGCAUAAUAUCCAUUUAGUAAAAGAAUGGGUUCUAAAUGAAAUCAGUGCUACGAGCAUAAGGUGUGCCUUGCGCAAAGGACAAAGUGUGAAAUACUUGGUUCCAGACUCUGUUAUUUCUUACAUUAAGCAACACAAUAUAUAUAUGGAAAAGACUGAAUGA